AUGUCUUACCCUUCUCGCGGUCAAGACAUAAAAGUUCUACCUGGUUAUGUUGGUCCAUGUAUACCAUGUUACCACCAAAGCUUUCAAGGCAUCCCCUACCAACCCGCAGAUGAAGAAAAACCAACUCAGUCAUAUAUUGGUCUGAUUGGAAAAGCAAUUUUAAGCUCUCCUCAGCAGAAACUUGUUCUUGGUGAUAUCUACAACCACAUUCUAACAAAUUACCCUUACUUCAGGAAUAGAGGACCUGGAUGGCGUAACUCCAUACGCCACAACUUAUCGCUCAAUGAUUGCUUUGUUAAACUGGGUCGCUCUCCAAACGGCAAAGGACACUUCUGGGCAAUCAAUCCUCUUAACUAUGAGGACUUCAGUCGGGGAGAGUACAAACGUAAAAGGGCCACAAGAAGAAACUGGGAGAGAAAAGAGAGGGGUGAAACAAAAACGAACACAUCUGGACAUGUUCAGAGGUGCACAUUGCAAGAAAUCCAUUACAUCAGUCACACUUUUCCAGAUGAAACAGAAAAAAGAGGUUUUCACAUCGAGACGCUACUGUCGGACAAAUGGGAAGAUAUCAAAAGCAGUGAAACGCACGAAGCGGUGUCAGCAUUUUCCAUUGUGACACAGAGGCAGAUGCCUGCUAAAAAAGAACUUGAAGUGCACAGAGUUCAUCACCGAGAGAAUGGCUCAGGCACCAAAACAGAUUUCUUAUGA